AUGAAUCAUGAUACUAAGAAGGCAGGCUCGACGCUAUAUUAUAUAGACCUCGACAGUCAAUUCCCCGUUGAAAGCACGAUUCCCAAGUCCGCACUUCAUACCGAUACUAUAAACUCCGACAUAAGUGUCGCACAUCAAAUGGCCGAAUACCCAGGAUCUAACGGCGCAAUGUGGAGAACGAAUGACAGUAUGUACUUUUUUGGCGGUGGAUUUGAUACCGCCAUUGACACAGUUUCAUUCUAUAAUGUUUCGUCUGGCGUAUGGAAAGAGGUCGAGGUGAGCGGUGGAAAAUUCAACUUCGGGAAUCGGUCGACUGCGCAAACUGCCAGUGUUCCAGAAUUGGGUCUUGGGUUCAUCUUUGGUGGAAGUGGUCCUUACAUGGAAGGCAUGAUACGAUUCAAUUCAUCCGAUCCGAACAACCUGACAUGGACGAAUGAGACUCUCAACCAGGGAUCUCAUGGCGUCAAUGUGCCAAAUCUAAACGCUGGAACUCUCCUCUAUAUUCCAGCCAGUACGGAUGGCAUGCUCAUUAGCUUUGGAGGUGGAAAUGUCACUGAGGGAAUGAGCCCUGAUUCAGGUUGGCCCUAUCCUGCUGAUUGGAAUACCGUCUAUGUAUACGACAUCGCUUCUCAUACAUGGUGGAUGCAAGAGACGUCUGGUAGCAACCUACGCCUUGACCUAGAUUCAUUCUGUGCUGUGGCUGCGGUGUCACCCGACCGCAGCGCAUUCCAUAUAUCAGUCUACGGUGGAUGGAGCUUGACAGAUCAGCGCGCGUACGAAGAUGUUCGUAUUCUUUCGAUUCCAUCUUUCCAAUGGAUAAAUGCAACCGAACUAUCGAACAAGACCAAUACAGAACAGCAAGUUAAUAAGACUAUUGGUCGCACUUCCAUCGGCGAAUGCCAAUUGUUUCAUGGUACACAGAUGAUCGUCCUUGGAGGCGAUGUACACGCUGGGGCAUAUUCACUCACAGACGGAGCAUGCAGUAACGCGUUUGAGCCAGUGCGUGUUUUGGAUCUCUCGACAUAUGAGUGGCAAAAAAGCCUCAAUACCACUGCUAGCUAUGAGGUCCCAUCAAUCAUCUACAACAAGAUCGGCGGAGGACCUACUGGAGGAGCCACAGUUACAGUGCCCGCUGCGGGUUUUGCAGAUGCUACGCUGGCCUCCUUGAUACAGAAACGUGUUCCCGGAUUUGAAAUAAAAACAUCGUCUCAGUCAACUACGUCGCAAACAACCGCGUCUCAAGCAUCAGCCGAGAAGUCGCAUGGCAAUAAUCCCGGUGCAAUUGCCGGUGGAGUGGUGGGUGGAGUGGCUGGACUAGCGGUGGUUAUUGCUUUAGUUUGGUACGCAAUGCUUCGGCGUAAGAAGCGGCUCCAACCCGAAGAGAGUCAAAAAUCGACGUACUCCGAGCACGCUGCGGGUCCUUCUGAACUAUCAGCAGAGGCACGUGCUGAACUGGCCUCGAAAUCGGAUAUGCAUGCUGAAAUGCCGGGUUCUAACAAACCAGUUGCUGAGCUGGCUUAA